AUGCACCAGGUUGAGACUGUCUCGGCAGCGCCCGCAAGUCUUGGUAGUAGUGACCAGGACAAUACGACCCAACAGGCUCCCUCCCUGAACAUCGUCGUUGAAUUCUCGGGUGGCCUGGAAAUGCUGUUUGCCGACAGGCGUCGCCUCCAGCUCACAGUGCCCAAGUCCGACGACAGGGGCAAGCCACUUACCAUCGCCUCGCUCAUCGACCACCUCUGCCAGCACGAGAUGAGCGAUGGCCGCAAGGAUCUAUUCGUUCUGGAUGGUCACCUUCGUCCAGGCAUCCUGGUUCUCAUCAAUGAUGCCGACUGGGAGUUGGAGGGUGAGGAGGCCUACGAGGUCCAAAGUGGCGAUAACGUUCUGUUUGUGUCGACUCUGCAUGGAGGCUAG